GGUGGAGAGUGACGAGAGAGCUGAGGGGAAGAGCGAGGGGAAGAGCGAGGGGAAGAUCGGAAUAAACCGAGCGCAGGGGGAGAACUGUGGACAUGGAUGCCCUAGCAUUAGAGGCCACUAGUGGUAAAAAGACGACUAACGGGGCGGCAGCGCCUGCUGUCCCGGUGCCGUCUCAACCACCGGUCAAACGCAAACCUGCCAAAAAAGCUAAAAAGGCUGUCGUUUUUUUUGAGGUGGAGAUUCUGGAUGCCAAGACCAAGGACAAGCUCUGCUUCCUGGACAAGGUCGAGCCAAAUGCAACUAUCGGCGAGAUCAAGUCAAUGUUCCACAAGAGCCAUCCUCAGUGGUACCCAGCCAGACAGUCCAUUCGCCUCGACCCCAAGGGGAAGUCUCUGAAAGAUGAGGAUGUUCUGCAGCAUCUUCCUGUGGGAACCACAGCAACCUUCUACUUCAGAGACCUGGGAGCUCAGAUCAGCUGGGUUACAGUUUUUCUGACAGAAUAUACCGGCCCUCUGGUCAUCUACCUGAUGUUCUACUUCAGAGUUCCCUUCAUCUACGCACCUAAAUAUGACUUUACCACCAGUAAACACUGGGUUGUACAUCUCGCCUGCAUGUGUCACUCUUUCCACUAUGUGAAGAGGCUUCUGGAGACGCUGUUUGUCCAUCGCUUCUCUCAUGGAACAAUGCCUCUACGCAACAUCUUUAAGAACUGUACCUACUACUGGGGCUUUGCAGCAUGGAUGGCCUAUUACAUCAACCACCCUCUAUAUACACCACCCAUUUAUGGGGAGCAACAGAUCAGACUUGCUCUCAUCAUAUUCUUGUUCUGUCAGAUUGGCAACUUUUCCAUCCAUGUCGCUCUGCGGAACCUCCGUCCACCAGGCUCUAAGACCAGAAAGAUUCCCUACCCAACCAAGAACCCCUUCACCUGGAUCUUCCUGCUGGUGUCCUGCCCCAACUACACCUAUGAGCUGGGCUCCUGGCUCGGCUUCACCCUGAUGACCCAGUGUCUGCCGGUGGCCUUCUUCACCUUGGUGGGCUUCAUCCAGAUGACUGUGUGGGCCAAGGGGAAGCACCGCAGCUACCUGAAGGAGUUCCGCGACUACCCUCCUCUCCGCUCGCCCAUCCUGCCUUUCAUCCUGUAGAGGACUAGUCAGCCGCUUCCUCGCCCAGUCAGCUUUCCCUGCUUGUAGGACGACUCCCCUCCUCUCCAGUGCUAGCAGAGAGGGUGCUCUCCCUUUUCUCUUCCUCUCAAAAUCUACACCGGAACUUAGUAGACUGACUGCAAGAAUCUAAGCUUGUCACUGCUUACUUCCUUGGGAGCCAAACUGUCCCUUCCUGUCGUCAGCCCCUGCUGUGUUGAGUGAAAAUGUAAAACACUGCACUUGUUCUAAUUUUUUUAUUGCAGACAGACAAACCCAUUCUGACUGGUUAAUUAACUUGCUUGCAUUUAAUCUCCCAGAGCAGACUUCACCUUCCGACUACCCAGCAUACACACAGUAACUUACUGGACAUCACAACUCCUCUUUUGUCAUCCAAAACUGUGGCUUUGAUGUUGAACCUGCAACUGGCGAUAUUCAACACAUCUUGAACUGUUCAGUUUUGAUAUCCAUAAAUCUAAAUCUGAAACCAUGGCAGAAUUUUAUUUGUUGAUGUCUGGCGUAAUUUAUUAAAAAAAAAGGUAAACUAA